AUUUCACUCGGAACGAUUUAAAGAUAAUUCCCGAUAACUAUCGAAAGCAUCGAUCUGUGGAUCCUUGAGUGAAAUUUUGCAAUGGCGGAGGAAUCUGGAGCUCAGACUUCCACAUCAUCUUCCAAUCAAUCUCCUCCUCUGGACUCGCCGGAUGUGGAAUCGAAGGUUCCACCCCAUGGUGUCUCAAAAGCGAUGAAUGGAAACAUUCCAACUUUCAUGUACCCUGGAUUGUUUCCUUCUCCACAAGACCAGGAGCUGGUUAACCGUGGGCCUGGUUUAUAUGCUGUUCCAGUUCAUUCGUAUACGCAACCUAUGCCUUGGCUUCCUUCCAAUGCUCUUAUCCCUUUUACGUACAAUGUACCUACCGAACGGAGUUCCUCAGAGACCAGAUCAGUCGGCACUGAGCAGGCACCGGCUGGCGAGCAGCUGCAACAGCAACAACAAGGUGGUCCUCAAAGACAAGUGGUGGUUCGAAGAUUUCAAAUUGCUAUCCAGCUUGAUUUGCUGCUCAUCUUAAAGCUGGCAGCCGUUAUUUUCUUGUUUAACCAAGAUGGAUCCAGAUUAAGGCUCGUGGUCCUAAUAUUUUUCGCUUCGCUGAUUUACCUAUACCAAACUGGAGCCCUUGCACCCAUUGUUCGGUGGCUUUCACAGGGAAUGCAAAGGGCAGCUGCACCUCCCCAACGACCCAGGCCAGUUCCGCGGGCAGACAAUUUAGCAGCUGCUGGGGGACAAGGAAAUGAAAAUGAAAACAUGGGUGUUGCAGAUGAUCAACCUGCCGGUGAGAACAAUAAUCACCAAAUCAACAAUGAGAACAGGGCCGUUGAAAAUGACCAUGCUGCGGAACCGGGUCAAGUCGAGGCUAUCAAUGGCUGGUGGAGAAUUGCGAAAGAGAUCCAGAUGAUUGUCUUUGGUUUCAUCACUUCACUUCUUCCGGGCUUCCACAACAUCGAUUAGGUUGUGAUAUACCGAAACCUAAAAUAUGCUCGUCAAUUGAGUCAAACCACUCCAUAGAAGGAAGGCUUUGAGUAGAGUCUGGACCAUCCAUGAAUCAGCAGAGGGUAGUGUAGUGUAGUCUCUUCUCUCAUUUUCAAGUUCAAGCAGAGGUACAUCUACAAGUAUGCAUUUCAUAAAACUUUUACUAACCUUUACUAUACAUAGAUACAUAUAUAUAUAUAUGUAUAUGUAUAUAGGGAGAGAGAGAUUGGCUACCAUGUUCUUGCUGUGAACUUGCCUGCAUACAUGAUUUCUUCCUUGCUAUUAAUUCAAGAAUCUUUAUCAAUGUACA